AUAAGCAGUUGUUUACACUUUUCGUUGUCAGAUUUCUUCAAUUUCGGAAGUGCUACUUGUAAUUUGUUAAGUUUUAUUCGUUUAAGCUGGUAAAAUAAGCAAAAAUGUCGCGAAACGGCGUGCUCACCGAUGAGCAGAGCAAACUGAAUGCUCGCUUGGAAGCACACAUGGUCUACAUAUGCCCCGAAUGUGGCAAAGCCUUUCGCACCCAAGUCGAGUGGCGACAACAUUUAAAUACAAAGCACGACUAUCUGAAUAAAACGCAUGUCGAUUUCAAUUUCAAACAAAUUGAUAAAAACUUUCACGAGUGCCAAAUGUGCUUCAAAUGGGUAGAGAAUGCACAUAAAACGAUUGCGCUACUGCAAUAUCAUUACUUCAUGCAUCUGGAGCAUCGUCAGACGUAUCGCUGUGUACACUGUCGGCUGGCUUUUACGCGGCGACGUGCUCUGAACGAUCAUUUGCUUGGCGCGCACAUCAAGGAGAUUGAGAAAUAUGAGGCGAAGUUAAAGCGCACGCCACAAGAAACCAAGGGUCCAAAGACGAUCGCAAAGGGUGCAACGUUGUCGUCACGACCACGCGAUGAUCUGCUAGAGAAGGCGUUGAUGGACAUCGAUCUGCAGAAUGACGAUCAACACGAAGCGGCAGCAGGCAAUAAAGCUAAUGCGAAUGUCAAUUCCAUUUCACAUUCCAGCGAUCAAGCGCUUGAUCGUUGCUUAAAUGCUUACGAGGAUUUUGUGCGCAAGGAGGAAUCGCAGCACCAGGCACCAGAUGAUGUGUUAGAGGCACCAGGUUUGGAGUUUUUGCAGCACCAUACUGAAGAGAUCGCGACAGACAAAGAAGUGGUAAUCAUUGAGAUAGAUGCUCUGGGUGCUGAGGAAAUGCAUAAACUACAAAAGAAAAUGAAGAGUGAACCAGAGGCGGAAACCGAUACAAGUCCAACGCGUAAACGCAAACGUGAUAGCAACCAACAGACAUUAGAUACAAGCAAAGACGACAUGGAUCAAUCAAUGGGUGGCAUCGCCAAUUUAAUAACUUACCUGUGUCCACAGUGCGGCAAGGAGAUUGACAACGUGAACGAUUGGAGGCGACACGUGUUCAAGAAGCAUGAUUUUGAGCACUUCAUCGAGAACAGCUUUAAGAUUAAGGAUAAUCAUAGCGUAUGUCUCAAAUGUCACGAGGUGCAGCCAACCACAAAACGUUUAGAGCUGCAAAAGCAUUGUUUCAAACAUCUGCCAUAUCGAUCGUAUCUAAAGUGCAGGAUUUGCGACCGCUCCAAGACGAGCAUGCCCAAGAUGUUCCACCACAUACGCUACAACCAUCAGGAUGAGCUGCAGCGCAAGAACAAGACGCAACUGCUCAUCAAGCCAGAGCCCAAAUGGGGCGUUAAGCGCAAGCUCGAGAAUUCAGUGCAAGAUCUUACAGUGAACGCGGAUGAUGAGCUCGUCUGUAAAUUUUGCCACAAAACAUUUAAAACCGUGUGGCGAUUCGAUCGUCACGCCACAAUCUGCAAGGUACAGGAUGCAUAUAUGCAAGCAACGACUGUGGAUGCUCUACUAAAGCAUUUGAAGGAGGGACAGAUACGCUUAAAUGCGAUAAGCAGGAAAAUGCAAUUGGAAUUCUCGGCAAUGCGAUAAUUUAUAUAAAUAUUGUGAAUAAAAUAAUUCAAAUUUUAAGAAAAUUGAUAAAUAAUGUAAAAGGACAAAUGCGCUUAAAUGCGAU